AUGACAUCAUCGUCAUCAAAUAGCUUUUCAAGCCUGAGAGACAUGUUAAAACCCCCACCAUACAAAAGGCCAAAAUCAUCAUCAUCAUCUUCUUCUUUUUCUUCUUCAUCAUUAUCAACACCAUUGUCUGAACCCAUUGAAGGAAACUAUGAUCCUUUUGCCGGAUUGUUCGACAACCUCUCGGUGAAAGAGAGUUCAGGCGGUAGCUCAUCCCUUGACUCUUUCAUUCCACCAGUUCUGUCAUCUGCUGCUUCUUCUGUUUCAGAUCUUUCUCUCCAAACCACUACUGCUGAAAACCUUUCCAUGGAGAACAGCCAAGAGGAAGAGGAGGAGAAAAACAAGUACCCAAAUGGGAGGACUUGGUGUGUGAAAGCUGGAGGUGAUCCAUGGAAAACAAACAACAAUCCGUUUCCACCACCAAUUAGCUGCUUGAAAUCAAUCAAGAAUGGCAAAACUUUUGCUUAUAUGAAAUUCAAUGAGGAUGACAAGAGCUUUGUUGUCGAGGAAGUUAAGAUUCCGAACCGAGAUUUGCUUCGUUCUUCUCGUGCCGACGGACGGUUGAAGCUCUACCUUGUUCUUUCUGGUGAUGAUGAUGAUGAUGAUGAUUAUGAUGAAGCUACAGAAAUGGAGGAGGAUGAGUUUCAAAUUGUGAAAGCUGACAGUGAUGAAGAAGAAGAAGAAGAAGACAGCAACUAG